AUGGCAUUCUAUGAUUUGAAUAUUCCGUAUAAUGAACCCAACGCACCGGGAAUCGCUAAUACAUUGCGAUUCUUAUCUGAAUUGGGAUACUCUACCGUGGCCCUUUCGCAAUCGAUAGCAGGAAAACUGCCUGCGACCGUGUCCCCGUUACCUCUACCAAGCAAUGUUCCCCCGUCUCUCACCAUCCUGACUCGAUUAAAUAUCACACUCUCGGAUGCCACACAAAACCAGCGCCUAGCAACGUUAGCACAAUCGUACUCACUGGUUGCUAUACGCCCUGUGAAUGAGAAGGCGCUGUCUCAGGCUUGUAAUAGCCUUGACUGUGAUAUCAUAUCUCUCGACCUAUCUACACGGCUACCGUACCAUUUUAAAUUCAAAACCCUCUCCGCAGCAGUAUCACGAGGCGUACGACUUGAAAUAUGUUAUGGACCUGGAGUAACGGGUAGCGGGAUGGAGGCGAGACGAAACCUAAUAUCAAAUGCAGCAUCGUUGAUCCGUGCCGCGCGGGGCAGAGGGAUCAUUAUCUCUAGCGAAGCAAAGCAAGCUCUUGGUGUCCGGGCGCCAUGGGACAUUGUGAAUCUUGCGUGUGUCUGGGGGAUGAAAUCUGAGAGGGCGAAGGAGGCGGUAAGUGAGGAGGCAAGGAAGGUGGUGGAUAUGGCUCGGGUAAAGAGGACGAGCUUCCGCGGAACGGUGGAUGUGAUGUACGGAGGAGAGGGGGAUGACGCUGGCGCAAAGAAGGCUGAUCUGGUCAAUAAACCAGGAAAACAGCCAGCCACUGUCUCUCUCGGCGCGUCUGAUCGGGGCGGCGUGAAACGGAAAGCGUCCUUAAGUGGCCCUGAAGGUCCGAGUAAGCCUUCUGACGAGCCGCAACUAUCCAAACGAGAGAUGAAGAGACGGGCGAAAAAGGCCAGGUUAGCGAGCGCCAACUCUUCAGGCGCGUCUCUGGCAGCUUCAUGA